GCAGAGCUAGUGAAGAAGCGCGGAGCAGAGGCCAGCUGGCAGCCGCUCCGCCUCCCAACCCACAGGGCCCCGACGGCGGCGCCGCGGGUCUCCUGGUGUCCGAGGCCAGGCGCAUGGCGCCCGGGGAAGCACGCUGAGCAGGGGGCGCAGCGCCGCGGGCGGCACGAUGGCCCUGGAGCAGGCGCUGCAGGCGGCGCGUCAGGGCGAGCUGGCAGUGCUGGAGUCCCUGCACGCUGCCGGUCAGCUGGGGCCCUGGCUUCGAGACCCGCUGGACGCGCUGCCCGUGCACCACGCGGCCCGCGCCGGCAAGCUGCACUGUCUGCGCUUCCUGGUGGAGGAGGCCGCCCUGCCCUCCUCGGCCCGAGCGCGGAACGGCGCCACCCCGGCCCACGACGCCGCUGCCACCGGUCACCUCGCCUGCCUGCAGUGGCUGCUCUCGAAGGGCGGCUGCAGAGUGCAGGACAAAGACAAUUCUGGUGCCACAGUCCUGCAUCUGGCUGCCCGCUUCGGCCACCCCGAGGUGGUGGACUGGCUGCUGCGCCACGGCGGCGGGGAUCCCUCCGCAGCCACAGACACGGGAGCCCUGCCUGUCCACUACGCUGCCGCCAAAGGAGACUUCCCCUCGCUGAGGCUUCUCAUCGGGCACCACCCUGAGGGAGUGAAUGCCCAAAUCAAGAACGGUGCCACGCCCUUAUACCUGGCGUGCCAGGAGGGCCACCUGGAGGUGACGCAGUACCUGGUGCAGGAGUGCGGUGCGGACCCGCACCUGAGCGCCCACGAUGGCAUGACUCCGCUGCAUGCUGCGGCACAGAUGGGUCACAGCUCGGUCAUCGUGUGGCUGGUGAGCUUCACGGACGUGAGCUUGUCGGAGCGGGACAAGGACGGCGCCACGGCCAUGCACUUUGCGGCGAGCCGCGGCCACGCCAAAGUGCUCAGCUGGCUCCUGCUGCACGGCGGCGAGAUCUCGGCCGACCUGUGGGGCGGGACCCCACUGCACGACGCCGCCGAGAACGGAGAGCUGGAGUGCUGCCAGAUCCUGGUAGUGAACGGCGCGGAGCUGGACGUCCGCGACCGCGAUGGAUACACAGCCGCCGACCUCUCAGAUUACAAUGGCCACAGCCACUGCACCCGCUACCUGCGCACAGUGGAGAACCUGAGCGUGGAGCACCGCGUGCUGUCCAGGGGCCCGUCCGCCGAGCUGGAGACCAAGCAGCCUGACUCGGGCAUGUCCUCCCCCAACACCACCAUGUCAGUCCAGCCACUGAACUUCGACCUCAGCUCGCCCGCCAGCACCCUCUCCAACUACGACUCCUGCUCCUCCAGCCAGUCCAGUGUCAAGGGCCGGCGCCCGCCACGCGGUGGCUCUGCUCUGAAGGCACACCCUGGAGCCCGAAGUCCCCCGGUGCUUCCCCUCCACACUGGAGCCUGUGGUCUCUCCCCUGCAGGGCCUCCCAGCACCAGAGCUGCAGACAUGCAGAGCUACAUGGACAUGCUGAGCCCGGAGCUGACCCUGGCCCAGGGCAAGAUGGAGAAAACCACAGCACCCCCGCCACCACCCAGCUUCCCUCCGCCACCCCCACCCCCAGGCACCCAGCUGCCUCCUCCCCCACCGGGCUACCCAGCCCCCAAGCCCCCGGUAGGGGUGCAAGCCGCUGACAUCUACAUGCAGACCAAGAGCAAACUCCGCCACGUGGAGACCCAGACCUUUGGAAAGGAGCCGAGCUCCCGCGACGGCCACGACGGGCUGCGCAGGCAGGACUCCGGCCGCAAGCCCCGCGCCUUCAGCAAGCAGCCCAGCACGGGGGACUACUACCGCCAGCUAGGCCGCUGUCCCCGGGAGCCGCCGGCCGCUCGCCCGGGCAUGGCGCACAGCGAGGAGGCGGCGUUGCUCCCUGGGAAUCACGUGCACAACGGCUGCGCUGCGGACCCCAAGGCGUCCAGGGAGCUGCCUCCGCCGCCGCCGCCGCCGCCCCUGCCGGAGGGCCUGAGCUCGCCGCCGCCCGCCCCGCCGCUGCCCCUGGAGGGCGCCGGCCCUGGCUGCGGGCAGCGUCGCUCUUCCUCUUCUACUGGCAAAGUGAGAGUCCUGAGGCACAGGAAGAGCACCAAGUCUUUCAACAUGAUGGCCCCGACGGGUGACAACUCAGAGCUUCUGGCUGAGAUCAAGGCUGGCAAGAGUCUGAAACCCACGCCCCAGAGCAAGGGUCUGACCACGGUGUUCUCCGGCAGCGGACAGCCAGCAUCCCAGCCCGACUCGCCGCUGCCACCAGCGUCACCAGCACCAUCUCGGGCCCGGAGCCCCACCCCCCCAGCCAUGGGGCCCCAGCCGCUGCUCAACGGCAGCCUGGCACCAGCACCGCCCUCCACUCCAGCGCCAGGUGUGCAGCUUGACGUGGAAGCGCUCAUCCCCACGCACGAUGAGCAGGGCCGGCCCAUCCCGGAGUGGAAGCGCCAGGUGAUGGUCCGCAAGAUGCAGCUGAAGAUGCAAGAGGAGGAGGCGCAGAGGCGGAAGGAGGAGGAGGAGGAGGCCCGGCUGGCCAGCAUGCCGGCCUGGAGGCGGGACCUCCUCAGAAAGAAGCUGGAAGAGGAGAGGGAGCAGAAGCGUAAAGAGGAGGAGCGACAGAAGCAGGAGGAGAUGCAGCGGGAAAAAGAGCAGUCAGAGAAGCUGCGAACGCUGGGCUAUGACGAGACCAAGCUGGCGCCCUGGCAGCGACAGAUCAUCCUGAAGAAAGGGGACAUCGCUAAGUACUAGAUGCUGCUUUCCUGCCCGCUUCCUCACGAGCUGGGGGGAGGGGGGAGGCAGCCCCCACCCCAGCCUGCCGGACCGGACGGAAGGGCUGGGGGCCACGCCGCCCUCCCCUCCGGUGCUGUAACCCCUCCCUGACCCCCCGCUCGGGCCCUCGCAUUCCCAGCGCUGGACCACGCUGGAGCGCGCCCACCGCCGCAGCCGCUGUAGUUGCCCCCAAAAAGUGCCCAAGUCGUUGACGCAAAAGAUGCUGCUUAUUUGCAUGCCUAUUUACAUACAUUUGCAUGUUCGUUGAAUGUCAACGUGUGCAGAGCUCUUUCCAGCCCCGUAGGUGGUGACUUUAUUCUCCCGGGGGACGUGCACCGGGCUGCAGUCCCCUCCCCCGCACCCCGGAACCGCGUCGCUGGCGCAUCCGCUGGCGCAUCCUGGGCGGAGGCCGGCUUCUGCGCUCGGGGAAGGGGUUUUCCUCCCUCCCUGACCUAGAUAGGCGCCCAGCCCGCGUUUCCCAUCCCCGCCGAGGGUUUCCUCUCAGUCAUUUGUUUACCAGAAACGGUGAAAGCUGCCCGUCAGGACGGAGUUGCAGCUCCCGGGGCCCCACCUUCCUCCGGUGAGGAAGCCUGAGCGCUGCCCGGGCAGCUCCUUGGGCCCUUUCACAGCCGUGGUAGAGUCAGUGGAGGGUGAGGGGCCCCGAACCUGUCUCCGACUGCCGCCUCCCAGGUCCCCGCGUCCCCGCGCCCCCGCUGUCUCGCAUCCCCAUUAAAGCUCUCUCAGA